UAAGAUGCCGGCGAAGUUUCCCAUCAUUCACGUUUCCUUUCGCUUCGCACAAACAUGGAUGCCGAAGAGGGAAGAGAGAAGAAAAGAAUCAACCUUGCAGAUGAUCCUUCCAGCAGAGCGAUGAUCCGGAGAGAUCUUCAUCGUCUACCACCGGAGAUGCUGUUCGAAAUCCUAUCAAGACUCCCGAUCACCUCUCUGAUCCAAUUCAAGACCACUUCCCAUACCGGUUAUAAUUUAAUCGCCGAUCCAAGGCUCCCUCCGAUGUUCCGUAAUCGGGUAAGCGACUCAGACCCAUGUCUGAUUCUGUUCAACUACAAUUCCCCUGUGUCCCGGCGACUCUAUUUUUUGGAUAGUGAAGGUUGUAGUAGAGGGGUUAGAAAAAUCGACCCACCAAAGCAUUCGGAAGUUUAUAAUCUGGUGGGUUCUUGUAACGGGCUGUUAUGCUUAUCCUUUCUCAUAAUCGGUGGUUCAUCGGUGUCUCACAGUCUGCUAGUUUAUAAUCCCUUUGUUGGAGACGCUGUGAGAGUCCCAACAGCGAACCGAUUUCGGAAUCAAAGGGAAGUUUUUGGAUUUGGGUUUCAUCCGAGGACAGGAGAAUUCAAAGUGGUCAGGAUUGUGUAUUACUGGAAGAUCAGGAUGGUAGCAGACCCGGAGCUAAUUGUGGAAGAAGUGAAUGAAGGAUUCGCAACCGUCUAUGAAUCAAUGGUUCAGGUGUUUACCGUACGAACAACUGAGUGGAGAUACAAAGGAGCUCCGCCUCCACAAUUAACGGAUAAAAUCGGACCACCUGAGACUCUAGUUGAAGGAUCUCUCCAUUGGGUGACUGUUGUUGGGAUGGGAGGAGUCGGUCCUAUCUUUGGUAUUAUCUCCUUCGACCUUGCAGAUGAGGUGUUCAGAGAAAUUCCGCACCCACCUUGUCAACGCCUUGUGUCACGUGGCUACAGUCUUUCCGUGCUCAAUGGGUGUCUAUCGGCAGCUGGUUUGGUCGAUACUGUGCAUUUUGAUAUCUGGGUGAUGAAGCAAUACCAUGUUAAGGAAUCUUGGGUAAAACAAUUCUCCUUUGAUCCCUAUUUUCGACGUGGAUGGCCAACUAAUGCUUCUGGCUUACUAAGAAGAUUUCCUAAAGUUAUAUGUGCACUGAAGAAUGGUGAGAUUCUGUUGCUGUAUAAUAGCAGUUCUCUGGUUUCUUAUGAUCCCGUAGAGAACAGAUUCAAGAAUCUUCAAAUAAGUGGGUUAUCCAAUCCGUUCCAUGCACUUCCAUUUCUACCUUCUCUUUUCUCAGCACAGGCAACUAUGAAUUUGUAACUUUUCACUCUGUCUCUUGAAUCAACCUUUUUUUCUGUAAGACUACUACUAGCUGUUUUUAAUUUGUGUUGAAUCUUUGAUUAUCGGGAGAUUGUAUUGGAGUGUAACAAGAAAGUUCUGGUUUCUUAUGUUCCUAAAAGUAACAGGUUCAGGGCUCUAAAGAUCAACCGGCUCCCGCAGCAGUUCCAAGCUUUUGCUGUCCAACAUACUCUGUUCUCAGUAAAGGAAAUCUUCGAAAAUGAAACCAGGUUUAAUAUAAUUUUCACAACUCUUGUUUUGUGUACGAAGCUCUGGUUUCUUAUGAUCCUAAAACUAACAGGUUCAAGGCUUUAAAGAUCAACCAUUUGCCGCAGCAGUUCCAGGCCUUUGUUUUCCAACCUACACUGUUCUCAGCAAAGGAAACUAUUGAGUUGAAAUGAAGCUCUAACCUUCAC